GUAUACGUUACUUAAAUCAACGUCACAAUAUCUGGUAAUAUGACAUAAGGAGGACAACAUAACAAGCUUAAGAAGUGUAACCAUGACGUCAGGGACGAUUCUCAGACAGAGGAUAGCAGACGAUCGAUUUGCAACUGAUCUUGUUUUGAGCUUCUUCGUUGCAGCUUUAAAAAGUUACAAAUUUGAUUCUUUGGUGAAACCAUUUCCUCCUCACUUCUGUAAAGAAGAUGGAGAGAAGGAUAUGAAAUCACUGGAAAAGACAGUUGAAGAAAUGCCUAUGUUGAGACAUCUAGCUUCCAAUGGAAUUUGUACCAAAGAAAGUGCUCUAGAUCUAAUGCAGUGGGUUCUCGACAGAGGUUCAUUUUCCAUGAAGACAAUGAAGUCGUCCCAGUUUGAAGAGAUAAAGAAGCAGACAGGAGACACUGUGCAAACCACCGACCCUGAUUUUGUGUUUGAAGUUAUACCUAGUGAAGCUGAUGAAGCCAAAUUUGAGGAAAAUCGUCGACAGAGAAAAACAAUGUUUGCUUACCAUGGCAGUCGACUGGAAAACUUCCAUUCUAUCUUACAUAAUGGUUUGGCAUCACAUAUGAACAAAAUUUCUGUAUUUGGCGAAGGUACAUACCUGUCAAGCGAGCUGUCAGUUUCCCUUCUCUACAGCCCGACUGGCCUUGGUUGGGACAAGAGUUGUUUAGGCCAUAAGCUUAGCUGUGUGGCUGUUUGUGAGGUCAUUGAUGAUGAGUCUGUGAAGUGUCAAGUUAAAGAGGAUGGUAUCGAUGGAAAAACAAACAAGAAACGAGCACAUGCAGCCAACAGUGAAGGAGGAGAUGUUCCAGAAAAGUACUAUGUUGUACAAAACAAUGACAUGCUUCGUAUCAAGUAUCUGCUUGUCUAUGUGGAAAAAACAUCACAACUGACAAGGACAAGUACAUCACAAAGAUGGCACAAUAGCUGGUUAUACCAACAUCGGUUUGUUUUGAUGAUUGUGUUGUACAUGUUGUUGUUAGCCCUUGUGGCUCUGUACAACUCCAGGACGUUCCAGUAUCAUCUAAAAAAAUUCUGGAAAUACAGGUAGUCCAAUCUAUAUAGCACAUUGAUCGGCAGACUAAAGGUUUGAUUCUUUUUAAUGUUUAUCAUACCACUGAGUUUGUUGCUUAGGAAACAUUUGGGUUCAUAAAAUGUUUUGUUGAUUGCUUAUCAAGUUAUAUUUACAUUUAUUUAAUAUAUA